UUUCGUUCCUUUAAAUGCUUUCGUUCCGUUAAUGUUCUUUGCUGACUUCCAAGGGCAUAGACUUCGAGAAACAUGUCGAAUUUGGAUGAUCCUAAGUCGAACCACCAACACGUGGAACCGACACGGACUGAGCCCACAGCUCCACCGGUUGCUGACGUGGAGAACCAAGCAAACUCAGCCACCGCACCACCCACUUCGGGGUUCGGGUUUGGUGGUGCCGCGGCGAUUGUACAGCGAUGGAGGAGAGAAGAUUUGAUAAAGAAAGCAGCUUUGGCUUUAAGAGUAUUGGCUUUGAUUUUCUCUUUGCUUGCUUUUCUUAUCAUGGCCAGUAAUAAACACGGUGAUUGGAAAAAUUUUGAUAGAUACGACGAAUACAGGUACUUGUUGGCAAUAGCGAUUUUGUCGACCUUGUACUCAUUGGCACAAGCUUUGAGACAUGUUCAUGAACUUUCGACAGGGAGACAUUUGAUUCAAGUUCAACAGCGGACCUCUGGAUUGUUCGACUUUUUUGGAGAUCAGAUUAUGGCAUACCUAUUGAUAUCAGCAUCAUCUGCUGCAAUUCCUUUGACCAAUAACAUGCGAGAGGGUGUAGACAACAUAUUUACAGACUCUUCUGCAGCAGCCAUCAGCAUGGGUUUCUUUGCAUUCGUUUCACUGGCAUUGUUGGCCAUGAUUUCAGGAUACAAAAUAUCAACUCAGUCUUAUAUUUGAGAUGGAUUUUUUUUUUUUUUUUGUGUGUGUGUCCAUUGAUGAUUCUUUAUUGUAUUUGUUGUUUGCAUAAUACCUUUGCGUGUAAAUUUAUGUUUUCAAAGGGAAUACUUGGGCAUCCAUAGCCUUCAUCUGUUUGUAAGUGUUUGAAUUUGUUCAUCAUAUGCGGUAUGAGCUGAUUCGUGCAUAAAGAGAUUUCAUUGACUCUGUUUAUAAA